GUUGCUUAAAGCUUAGCUUGUUGCUCCUACCCAAGCUAGAUAGAUAGAGGUAUACGAGAAAUAUAGAGAAAGAGAGAGAGAGAGAGAGAGAGAGAUCUUGUAGUUGCAGAGCCAAAGAAAAAGCUAGAGAGAGAGAGAAAGAUAAGGGGGGAGAGGGAGAGAGAGAGAGAGAGACCCACCACACCUGUGCUGUGAGUGAUCGAAUUGAGGAGGGUCAUCUACCCUAGUAGUGUAGAGAUGAUGCAAAAAUUAAAAAUAUAGAAUUAUAUAGGCGCCACGCGCCUACCUAUAUGAUCGUCGUCGUCGUCGUCAUCAUGGAAGCACCAGAAAAUAAUGGAAUGCGCCGCCCUAAUUUUCCUCUCCAGUUGUUGCAGAAGAGAGAAGACGAUGACCGAGAAGAUGAAGCUGCUGCUGCUGCUGCUUGCUCCAGCUCCAACCCUACCACUACCCGGUUGCCUAAUUUCCAGCAGCACCAAGAUCAGCAGCUUCAGCUUCAUCCCAAGAAGCCGCCGCCCAAGAGGACGUCAACCAAGGACCGCCACACCAAGGUCGAGGGCCGCGGCCGAAGGAUCCGCAUGCCGGCGGUCUGCGCCGCCAGGGUGUUCCAGCUGACAAGGGAGCUAGGCCACAAGUCCGACGGCGAGACCAUCGAGUGGCUGCUCCAGCAGGCUGAGCCCGCUGUUAUUGCCGCCACUGGGACGGGCACGAUUCCGGCGAAUUUCACUUCUCUCAACAUCUCGCUCCGGAGCUCCGGCUCUAGCAUGUCGGCGCCGUCGCAUUUCAGGGCCGGUUACUUCAAUCAGAGCCUCCACGCUGCCUCGCAUUUGAUUAGGCCAAGGAGCGGCUGGGAAUUGGAUGUUAAUGAUCAUGAAUCGUUACAGCGGGCCACUAAUUUUCUGAAUAAUUAUUCGUCUGAAGCCAAACAAGAGCUGAGAAGCACGGCUUGCUUGGAUGUUUCUGAGUCGAGUAUGGCGGCGAGGAAGAGGCGGCCGGAGCAAGAUCUGUCGUUGCAGAGCCUAAUGGGGAGCUACAUGCUGCAGUCGAAUAAUUCCGGGUCGAUCCAGGCUGGGCAGGGGGCGUCGCCGGCAGGGACUCUCUGGAUGAUGACCAACCCUGACCCGGUUUGGGCAUUACCGCCUUCUUCUAAUGCAGGCUUCCAUAGAGGCUCUUUGAGUAGUGGGCUGCAUUUCAUGAAUUUUCCUGGGCCAAUGGCUCUAUUGCCUGGCCAGCAGUUGGGCCACGGCGGCGCCGGCGCUGGCGGGUCUUCGGCGGAUGGGCAUUUAGGCAUGUUUGCGGCGCUCAACUCGUUUAGGCCGGUUGUCGGCGUCGGUGGUGGUUCGUCAAUAUCUGGUUCAAACCCAAAUCAUGGGGCAGAUGACAGGCAUGAUGCUACAACUAGUACUCAUGAGACUCCGCACUAGUAUAUAGUGUAUGGAUUUGAUGCUUAAUUUCUCUCUUCAUCAAUCUUCUACAUACAUAUAUAUAUAUAUAUAUGUUUGCGAA